AUGGGCCAGCAGGACCUGAUCCGAACAUGCAAUGCAGGUAGCAAAGGUAUCACUUCCAAAAAUCCUGGUCUUUUUCUUUCUGUUCCUGAGAAUCCUAUGAAGUACCAGGUCUCCGUCGAGCCUGGUUCACCUUUUACUGCGAACAAAUUCCUCAAUUUCCAUUCCGAUUCCAUGUUUGACGGAAGAAUCGACAUAAGGACUACCUUCCCUCUCAACCUUUCCUCUUCACUGUAUGAUUCUCCUGAAUCAGAUACGAAUUCCCAACUUGACGACUCGGAGGAAGAUAUAACUGAAGAUGUGAAUGAGGACACACAGUGCAUCUAUAUUCCUUCAACGAGUCCUUUCUACCAUCCUCCUCCCAAAGCACGCCCAUUUGCUUCUUCCUCUUCCAACGUUUCAUUUUCCUGCGAUGCACUUGCUGAGGAUGGAUCAUUUUCAAAAACAACCAGUGACAUCAUUCUGCGAGUCUCUGUUUCAGGUUUCUGA